UAAAAUUAGACUAAAGGCAACGAAGCUGACAACAUGAAUCAAGGUCAUAAGAGUUCAGAGAAAAACACCCGGAUGAUGACAUAUAGGAACGUACAAGAUCUAAUAAAAGUAGGAAUAAAACUUGAGCCACGUGCGACACAAGGGCCAAUCGACAUAGAUUUUUUUGAGGGUUGGUUCGCUGCAAAACUGACUCUCCCUGAAAUGAUUGUGGAUGACAUCACAGCCUUUACAUUCCUCAACCUAAUAGCGUAUGAGAUGUGUCCUGAUUUUGAUAAUGACUAUGAGAUAAGUUCUUUUGUAUCUUUCAUGGACUCACUCAUUGACAAUGCUGAAGAUGUGAGAAUAUUGAGAAGAAAAGGGAUUUUGCUCAAUUGCCUUGGUAGUGAUGAGGAAGCUGCACAUCUUUUCAAUAUCAUAAGUACCGACUUGUGGGAAAAUAAAUUUACAUAUCCUAUAGUUAGAGUCCAAAUACAUGAGCAUUACUACAAUAAAUACAAGACUUGGAUAGCACUGGGUAUUCACACCUAUUUCAACAAUCCUUGGACCUUUAUUGCCUUCCUAGCUGCCUUUAUCGCACUGACUCUCACUUUUGUUCAAACAUGGUUUACCAUUAAACAGUCCAAGUAAUAAGUGUGUUUUGUUGUGGCAAUGUUGUUUAUUUAGAGUGUGUGCAGGUAAUGUAUACCAUGCAUAAUAGUAGUCGUCUAGUAAGACAAUUACAACUAGUGUACUUCUUCUCUAUAGGCUAUGUGGACUUUAUUUAUGAAUUUUCGGGUUAAA